AUGUCAUUGGAGGCUUCUGCGUCUGCGUCAAAACCAGAGACUGCUUACGAUGGAGAGUUCAAUGCCAAACCCAGCCCAGAAAUGGUUACUGUGUUCACGAAUGAUGUGACAAAUACCCCACGUCUCAAACAACGGCGAAAGCGGAAGUCUUUUAUACAGAAAUACCCCAAGCCCCAUCCGCCAGCUACAAAGCGGAACUCUAUUAUACAGAAAUACCCCACGUCUCAAACAACGGAGAAAGCGGAAGUCUUUUAUACAGAAAUACCCCAAGCCCCAUUCGCCAGCUACAAAGCGGAACCCUAUUAUACAGAAAUACCCCACGUCUCAAACAACGGAGAAAGCGGAACUCUUUUAUACAGAAAUACCCCAAUCCCCAUCCGCCAGCUACAAAGCGGAACUCUAUUAUACAGAAAUACCCCAAGCCCCAUUCGCCAGCUACAAAGCGGAACCCUAUUAUACAGAAAUACCCCACGUCUCAAACAACGGAGAAAGCGGAACUCUUUUAUACAGAAAUACCCCAAGCCCCAUCCGCCAGCUACAAAGCGGAACUCUAUUAUACAGAAAUACCCCACGUCUCAAACAACGGAGAAAGCGGAACUCUUUUAUACAGAAAUACCCCCAAGCCGCAUCCGCCGGCUACAAAGCGGAACUCUAUUAUACAGAAAUACCCCACGUCUCAAACAACGGAGAAAGCGGAACUCUUUUAUACAGAAAUACCCCAAGCCCCAUCCGCCAGCUACAAAGCGGAACUCUAUUAUACAGAAAUACCCCAUGUCUCAAACAACGGAGAAAGCGGAACUCUUUUAUACAGAAAUACCCCCAAGCCCCAUCCGCCAGCUACAAAGCGGAACUCUAUUAUACAGAAAUACCCCACGUCUCAAACAACGGAGAAAGCGGAACUCUUUUAUACAGAAAUACCCCAAGCCCCAUUCGCCGGCUACAAAUCGGAACUCUAUUAUACAGAAAUACCCCACGUCUCAAACAACGGCGAAAGCGGAACUCUUUUAUACAGAAAUACCCUCAAGCCCCAUUCGCCGACUAAAGCGGAACUCUUUUAUACAGAAAUACCCUCAAGCCCCAUCCGCCAGCUACAAAGCGGAACUCUAUUAUACAGAAAUACCCCACGUCUCAAACAACGGAGAAAGCGGAACUCUUUUAUACAGAAAUACCCCCAAGCCCCAUUCGCCGGCUACAAAUCGGAACUCUAUUAUACAGAAAUACCCCACGUCUCAAACAACGGCGAAAGCGGAACUCUUUUAUACAGAAAUACCCCCAAGCCCCGUUCGCCGACUAAAGCGGAACUCUAUUAUACAGAAAUACCCCACGUCUCAAACAACGGCGAAAGCGGAACUCUUUUAUACAGAAAUACCCCCAAGCCCCGUUCGCCGACUACAAAGCGGAACUCUAUUAUACAGAAAUACCCCCAAGCCCCGUUCGCCGACUAAAGCGGAACUCUUUUAUACAGAAAUACCCCCAAGCCCCGUUCGCCGACUAAAGCGGAACUCUAUUAUACAGAAAUACACCCAAGCCCCGUUCGCCGACUUAAGCGGAACUCUUUUAUACAGAAAUACCCCCAAGCCCCGUUCGCCGACUAAAGCGGAACUCUAUUAUACAGAAAUACCCCAAGUCCCAUAG